AUGGGUGAAUCCAGCAGCUCGAGUAAUGAUCGUGAGGUGGAGAUAUGGAAAUUAAAAAGACUUAUUAAAAGCCUGGAGAGUGCAAGAGGGAAUGGAACAUCGAUGAUAUCUUUAAUCAUUCCGCCCAAAUAUCAGAUUGGGAGGAUGAAUAAGAUGCUUACUGAUGAAUUUGGAACGGCUUCCAAUAUUAAAUCAAGAGUCAACCGGCUUUCUGUUCUUGGUGCGAUAUCGUCAGUGCAGCAGCGCUUAAGGCUAUAUUCUAAAGUGCCACCUAACGGAUUGGUAAUUUACUGUGGGACUGCCCUCGCCGAUCAUGGUAAAAAUAAGAAAGUCAGUGUUGAUUUCGAGCCUUUCAAACCUAUCAAAACUUCUCUCUAUUUAUGCGAUAAUAAAUUCCACACGGAAGCUUUAAUGACAUUAUUAGUGUCCAACGAAAAAGUUGGAUUUAUUGUAAUCGAUGGGAAUGGUGUUCUUUUUGGUUCGUUGGAGGGAAAUGUACGCGAAGUACUUUACAAAUACUCUGUAGACUUACCGAAAAAACAUGGCCGUGGUGGCCAGUCUGCACUGAGGUUCUCGCGACAGCGCAUGGAGAAGCGUCAUAACUACAUUCGUAAAGUUGCCGAAACUGCUGGAGAGAUUUUUAUUUUGCAUGAUAAACCGAAUAUUAUAUCUAUGAUUAUAGCUGGAUCGGGUGAAUUAAAGCAUUGCUUAUAUCAGUCGGACAUGCUAGAUGGACGUCUUCGUGAUAAGGUCAUCAAGGUGGUAGACAUAUCGUAUGGCGCUGAAAAAGGUUUUAACCAGGCUAUCGAGCAGGCGGCCGAAGUGCUACAAGAUGUGAAGUUUGUACAAGAGAAAAAACUUCUUAACAAGUACUUCGAGGAGGUCUCGCAAGAUACUGGUAAGUACUGUUUUGGUGUACAAGACACAUUACACCUUUUAGAACAAGGUGUAAUAGAAACACUUAUCUGUUGGGAGAACCUAGAUAUUCAAAGAUACGUAAUGAAGUCUCUUACCACCGACGAGGAAAUAAUAAUGCACGUGACCGCUGAGCAGGGAGCGGACAAGGACUAUCUGAAAGAGAAAGCUAAUGGAGUAGAACUUGAUCAAGUGGACAGGGAGGCACUUCUAGAUUGGUUAGCAAAUAAUUACAAGAAUUACGGUGCUAAAUUGACGAUAGUAACGGAGAAGACCAAUGAAGGCAACCAAUUUGUGCAUGGUUUUGGCGGCAUCGGAGGUCUUUUGCGUUACAAAGUAGACUUUCAAUCUGUACAACUGGAUGGGGAAGAAGUAGAUAUUGAGUAUGAUGUCUCAGAAUAUUAA